GCCCGAACCGAACCGGGCUCAGUCUCGCCAUGCCGCGCAUCCCACGGCGGCCGUCCGACGAGGCGCGCCGCGCCGCCUACAGGCCGCCCGGGGUGGACUGCGGCCGCUCGCGCCGCCGCCGCCUGGACCACAUCCUCGUCCUCCGGCGCCGCAACCGCGACGCCGGACUCUUCAAGCGCCGCCGCGACGAGCCCGCCCCCGCCCCCGUCGCAGCCCCCUCCGAACCCGCCGCAGACGCCACUGCCACUGCCCUUCCUCCUCCUUCCUCAGGGCCCUCCUCGCCCCCGUCCGUGCCGCCCGACGUAGACGCCCCACGGACCGCCGCCGACUCUGAGCUUGAUGGCCUAUCAGAAAUGGUGGACAAAGUCUGGUCAGAUGACACUGCUAGUCAGCUGGAAGCCACAGUCGAGUUCAGGAAGCUUCUCUCAGACGGGAAGAACUCAACCGUGAUAAAAAUCAUUAGAGCGGAUGUCCUGCCAAGGUUUGCCGAGUUCCUUUCGAGACAUGCCUCUCCUCAGCUCCAAAUGGAAGCAGCAUGGGUGCUUACUAACAUAGCUGCAUCUGAUUAUACACUGCUAGUUGCAGAAUGUGGUGCUGUUCAACGGUUUGUAGAUCUCUUAGGAUCCCCAAAUGCUAAUGUCAGGCAUCAGGCUAUGUGGGCUCUUGGAAAUAUAGCUGCAGACAUGCCUAGCUGCAGAGAGAUUGUUCUUGAUCACGGCGUUGUUACACCAUUACUCGCUCAAUUUAAAGAAGACAUGAAAGUUUCAGUUCUGAGGACCGCCACAUGGGCACUAUCAAACAUUUGUUUUGGAAAAUUACCUGUCGAAGUGCAAGUGAAACCGAUACUGGAAAUAAUUAGCCUUCUUAUCCAUUCCGCUGAUGAGAAAAUUCUGGCAGACGCAUGUUGGGCUCUUUAUUAUAUAUGUGAUGGCGUGGAAGAUGGCAUCCAACAUGUAUUAGAUGCAGGUGUAUGCCAUCAACUUGUAAAACUUUUGAUGCACGCAUCAGCUAACAUUCUUCUGCCUGUCAUUACGGCACUAGCGAGAAUUUCUGCUGGAGACGAUACUCAAGUGCAGGUCAUAGUAGAAAAGGGCAUUCUUCCUUGCUUGACCCAAUUAUUUGCACGAAAUUAUCCAAAGAACAUCAAGAAACAGGCUUGUCUAAUUGUUUCUAAUAUUACCGCGGGCAGCAAGGAGCAGAUUCAGGCAGUAAUUGAUGCUGAUAUUAUGAACCACGCCGUUGCCCUUCUGAAGACUGCAGAAUCGGAUAUCAAGAAGGAAGCUGCUUGGGCUAUAUCAAAUGCUGCGUCUGGUGGUUCAAAUGAUCAAAUCCAAUAUUUGGUGAGCCGGGGAUGCUUGGAGCCACUCUGCAACGUUCUCACGCACUACCAAGACGUUGAUCUAGUAUAUGCAUGUCUGGAAGGUCUUGAAAAUGUACUCAAGGCGGGCGAGAUUGCUGGGAAGGAGGGCAAGGAAUCUGCGGCGAUGAACCCGUACGCGCAGUUUAUUCUAGAGUGUGGAGGACUGGACAAUUUGGAGGAGCUGCAGGAUUUCGGCAACGAUGAAGUUUACAAGUUGGUCAUGAAGCUGUUAGAGAGUUACUGGGACGAAGAAGUGAGCGAUGAUCUCAAUCUGCCGGCUUCCAACUGCGACACAGAGACCGUGGAGACGGCAGCCGAAGAAGCUUCGCCGCCAUCGCCACCGCCACCAAUACCAGCGCCUGGAUCGAUUAAAACCGAGUGACCACAGACUCUGCAUCGCUUAAGUUAAUUUGGUUUCCUUGCAUGUUUAAUUCACAUGAUCUCAUCUUAGCAAAGCAGAAAGAAACGUAUGAACGUUACAAGCAGUAUGUAGGAUGUCCCUUCAUUGGGCAGAAUUUUCUUGUUAAAUUCUUGUGGGAUGUACUGCAACUGGAAAUUUGUGAAUGGGUAAGCAGGAAAACUCAGUUCUCGCCCUGUGGCUUGCAUUUGGGUGAGUGAUUGAGAAAGAUGUCAGGGGCUCCU